AUGGCCUCAGAAAUACAAAAUUCCAAUCCCAUCAUUCUGAGCCCCUCUGAUCUUCCAACUCGGUUGCCUGCGACUUCACAGAAGCCUAACGGUUUUGGAGGUGGGGUAUUCAGUCCUACUCUACGAUAUUCUGCGACUUUGGGCGACGCCUUUUCUGUCAACACGUACUCGGAGCCUGAGAGCGAUGAUUAUUUACUAGAAGAGCCUAUAGAUGAACAAGAGAUUUUCGACCUCAUAUCCACCAUAUCUGACCCCGAGCAUCCUAUAUCCCUAGGGGCCUUAGCCGUUGUCUCACUUUCAGACAUCAGCAUCAAGCCAUCGCUACCGCAUGUGCCUGAUUCGCCUCUUCGCACUAUCACCGUUCUCAUUACCCCGACCAUAACACAUUGUAGCCUGGCCACAGUUAUAGGGCUCGGUGUGCGUGUUCGGCUUGAGCAGUCACUCCCACUUCGAUUUCGCGUUGAUGUGCGGAUCAAGGAAGGCACCCAUAGUACUGCUGACGAAGUCAACAAGCAACUAGCCGAUAAAGAAAGAGUCGCUGCUGCUCUAGAAAAUGGGACUCUGAUGGGUGUCAUCACCAAGAUGCUGGAAACGUGCCAGUAA